AUGGACGCUCCUUGGACGAAGACCCCGAAGGAGGUUUUCGAACACUUCGGGAUUGACCCAAAUCGUGGUCUGACCGCUGACCAGGCGGCGAAGCACGCUGAGCUUUACGGAAAGAAUGAACUAUCUGAGGAUCCCCCCACACCCCUGCUCGAGUUGAUCUUGGAGCAGUUCAAGGACCAACUCGUGCUUAUCCUUCUCGCCUCGGCCGUCAUCUCGUUCGUCCUCGCGCUCUUCGAAGAAGACAAUGAGUCCGGUUUCAUGGGUGCCUUCGUCGAGCCCCUUGUUAUUCUCCUUAUCCUCGUCGCGAACGCUACUGUUGGCGUUAUACAAGAGACGAACGCGGAGCGGGCCAUUGACGCGCUGAAGGAAUACUCACCCGAUGAGGCGAAGGUCCUUCGCUCCUCUCAAGUUGCUCGCAUUCAUGCUACUGAACUUGUCCCCGGCGAUAUAAUCGUGGUGUCCGUCGGCGACAAGGUCCCCGCUGACUGCCGCCUCAUAUCUGUCUCCUCAGCCUCCUUCCGCGUCGACCAGGCUAUCCUCACCGGAGAGUCUGAGUCAGUCAACAAGUCACCUGAGGUGGUACCAGAUUUGAAGGCCGUGAAGCAAGACAUGACGAACAUCCUGUUCUCGGGGACGACCGUCGUCAAUGGCAGCGCUCGCGCCGUUGUAAUUUACACGGGUCAGAAGACCGCGAUCGGUGACAUUCACCAGUCGAUCACUUCACAAAUCUCGGAGAAGACGCCCCUCAAGCGCAAGCUCGACGACUUCGGUGACAUGCUCGCCAAGGUCAUCAGCGUCAUCUGCAUUCUCGUCUGGCUCGUCAAUUUCCGCCACUUCUGGGAUCCUGCGCACCAUGGUGUGCUCAAGGGUGCCGUCUACUACUUCAAGAUUGCAGUUGCCUUGGCUGUGGCUGCUAUCCCCGAAGGUCUGGCUGCUGUUAUCACGGCCUGCCUUGCGCUUGGCACCAAGAAGAUGGCGCAGAAGAACGCUAUUGUCCGGAACCUGCCCAGCGUUGAGACGCUCGGUUGCACGAAUGUGAUCUGCUCUGACAAGACCGGCACAUUAACGACGAACCAGAUGAGCGUAUCGAGGUUUAUGACCAUCGAUGCUGCCACCGGUGGCGCUCGUGAAUACACCGUUGAAGGCAGCACCUUCUCGCCCUACGGGUCGGUUAAGCUUGCUGAUGGAACGGACGCCUCGACUGAACUGAAGGCAGACCACCUACAACGCCUUGCAGAGAUUGGUUCUAUCUGCAAUGACGCCAAAAUUGUGUACAACAAUGAGAAGGGCACGUACGCGAACGUAGGUGAACCCACCGAGGCUGCCUUGAAGGUCCUCGCAGAGAAGAUCGGCUGCCGGGACGGCGAGUUCAUGAAGCAAGUGUCCUCUCUCGCUCCCAGCGAGCGCGCCAACGCAGUCAACGACUAUUUCGAGCGCACUAUCACCCGUCUCCUCACCUUCGAAUUUUCCCGCGACCGCAAGAUGAUGUCUGUCCUCGUCAAGACCCCCACCACGGGCGUUCUCUUUGUCAAGGGCGCGCCGGAGUCCGUGCUCGACCGCUGCACGUCCGCCCUCGUCAACGGCACCGUCGUCCCCUUCACCAACACCAUGCGCACCGCCGUCCUGGAGCACACCCAAAAGUACGGCAAUGACGGUCUCCGCACACUCGCCCUGGCCUACGUCGACGUCGCCGACACGGACGCCGCCCACUACCAGACGAGCAGCAGCCGCGACUACUCGCGCUUCGAAACGAACCUCGUCUUCACUGGUCUCGUUGGCAUGCUCGACCCCCCGCGCCCCGAGGUCCGCGACGCGAUCGCGAAGUGCAAGGCCGCUGGUAUCCGCGUCAUCUGCAUCACCGGCGACAACAAGGGCACCGCGGAGACGAUCUGCCGCCACAUUGGCAUCUUUGGCGAGUACGAGGACCUGACUGGCAAGAGCUACACGGGGCGCGAGUUCGAGGAGCUCACUCACGAGGAGAAGCUUGCCGCCGUGCAACGCGCUGGGUUGUUCAGCCGUACUGAGCCUGGGCACAAGAGUCAGCUCGUCGACCUGCUGCAGAGCCUUGGUUUGGUGGUUGCGAUGACAGGUGACGGUGUCAACGACGCGCCAGCUUUGAAGAAGGCCGACAUCGGUGUCGCUAUGGGCAGCGGCACGGACGUGGCCAAGCUCGCGGCGGACAUGGUACUCGCGGAUUCGAACUUCGCCACCAUUGAGGAGGCCGUCGAGGAGGGCAGGUUGAUCUACAACAACACCAAGCAGUUCAUCCGUUACCUCAUCUCCUCUAACAUCGGAGAGGUCGUCAGCAUCUUCCUGACUGUCCUUCUCGGUAUGCCGGAGGCUCUCGUCCCCGUACAGCUGCUCUGGGUCAACCUCGUCACCGACAGUCUUCCCGCGACUGCCCUCGGCUUCAACCCUCCUGACCAUUCCAUCAUGCGCGUCCCGCCUCGCAACAGCCGCGAGCCGCUCGUCGGUCCCUGGUUGUUCUUCCGCUACAUGGUCAUUGGCACAUACGUCGGCUGCGCGACCGUCUUCGGCUAUGCCUGGUGGUUCCUCUUCUACUCCGAGGGCCCGCAGAUCUCGUUCUACCAGCUCACGCACUUCCACAAAUGCGCAUCCGCAUUCCCUGAGAUCGGCUGUCAGAUGUUCACGAACGAGAUGGCGCAGCGCGCGACGACCAUGAGCUUGUCAAUCCUCGUUACCGUUGAGAUGUUCAACGCCAUGAACUCCCUCUCGGAGAACGAGAGUUUGUUCAGGUUACCGCUGUGGAGGAAUAAGUUCCUGGUGGCCGCCAUUGCGCUCAGCAUGGGGCUCCACUUCAUGAUCCUCUAUGUCCCGACGUUUGCUGCCUUGUUCCAGAUCGCUCCGUUGACGUACGCCGAGUGGAAGGCCGUGCUCUGGAUGAGCGCGCCCGUUAUCGCCAUCGACGAGGUUCUCAAGUUCGUCACUGCGACCUUCGUCGACCCUCCCGCGAAGGUCGAACUAGCGUAA